CUUUUCCCUUAAAUCAUUGAAGGAGUUCAAAGCAUUCAAUCAAGCUCGGUGCCAUUUGAUUGAAAUGCCUGCUUUCCCUCCUCCUGGAUCGGUCACGCUCUGCGAAAUCAAUCGAGAUUUGAUCACCGUUGAAAGCCUCUCAGAUGGCCGAGCCAAAGACACCUAUGGGAAAGUUCUUGGAAUUAUAUUCAGUCCUGUUCCUUUCCAAUCAGAUCUUCUCUUGCACAGUACUGAGCUUGGCUCUGAACAAGAAAAUGGAGAUAAUCUUCCCAGAGUAGGGUUAACUGCUUUCAGAAAAAUAUUGAGUGACUACAUUAGACGCUACCUUCCUCCCAACGAUGUGAGUUUGCUAUCAGAAGUGAGUGUUCAGGGCUUGAGCUGGCACCAACACAAGCAUAUUUUAGCAUUUAUCUCUGGUCCACAUCAAGUUACAAUUCGUGAUUAUGAGGAUUCAGAGGUGAAGGAUCCAUGCAUUCUGACCAGCGAGUCCCAAAGAGAUGUUCAAAUUCUUGAGUGGAGGCCAAAUGGAGGGAGGACACUCUCUCUAGCAUGCAGGGGUGGAAUUUGCAUUUGGUCUGCUUCUUACCCAGGAAAUGCAGCACCUGUGAGAUCUGGAGUUGCAUCAUUUCUGGGCACGCUUUCUAGAGGUUCAGGAGUUCGAUGGACUCUAGUGGAUGUUCUUCGAAGUCCUAAUGAUGAACAAAUUAGUGCACUCUCAUGGAGUCCUAAUGGAAGAUAUUUGGCAUCUGCUUCAUAUGACAGUUCAUCAUUCACCGUUUGGGAUGUUGCUAAAGGUGUAGGAACACCUAUUCGACGGGGAUUAGGAGGCAUAUCCAUGCUGAAGUGGUCACCAACAGGGGAUUAUUUUUUCACUGCGAAAUUUGAUGGAACCUUUUAUCUUUGGGAAACCAACACAUGGACAUCAGAAACUUGGUCUUCAUCUACUGGGUUUGUCACAGGGGCAGCAUGGGAUCCUGAUGGACGUAUGAUAUUGAUUGCUUUCUUGGAAUCUGCUGCAUUGGGUUCCAUUCACUUUUCAUCAAGGCCUCCAUCACUGGAUGCGCACCUCUUACCAGUUGACUUGCCAGAAAUCGUAUCAUUGACUGGCAGUCAAGGCAUUGAAAAGAUAGCUUGGGAUGCUUCUGGAGAACGAUUAGCUUUGUCUUAUAAAGGUGGUGAUGAGAAGUACAGAGGUCUUAUUGCCAUAUAUGAUGUUAGAAGAACUCCACUCAUUUCUACAUCUCUUGUUGGGUUUAUUAGAGGACCUGGAGAGAGUCCAAAACCACUUGCAUUUUCCUUUCAUAACAAGUUCAAACAAGGACCGUUACUUUCUGUGUGUUGGAGCAGUGGAUGGUGCUGUACGUAUCCCCUUAUAUUUCAUUCACAUCAUCUUCCGUAAUUUCUAAAUAUGUGUGUUGUC